UCAUUCUAUGUCAAACGUUCGCCGUGCACGCGAUAUGGAUUCGUUGGGGCACAGUAGAAUAGAUAACUUAAGAUCAGAAUGGGAGGAAAGAAACGCGUUUCUUCUACCUUUCUCAAUUAUUGGAGAUGCCCCAAAUCUUGGUUGUCACUUAGAUGUUAAGUGGAUCAACGAAGCAAUUGUGAAUACUUCUGCUAUAAUGCGUCAAGCUGAUGACAUUCUUUCUCGGAGGUCACUCAAAGGUGACCAUGAAGCAGCAUGGCUUCUCAGGGCAGUCACUUGUAUUGACCUGACUACAUUGUCUGGUGAUGACACCGCAAGCAAUGUUGAACGCCUAUGUGUAAAGGCAUGUGACCCAAUAGCUACUGAUCUGUUGGAAGCUGCAGGAUUUUCCAGAGACAAUGGAAUAACAACAGCUGCAGUUUGUGUGUAUCCAGCAAGAGUGCCAGAUGCAGUCCGCACAUUAACAAGAUUAGGUUUUAGCAACAGAGUUGCUGUGGCUUCAGUUGCUACUGGCUUCCCAAGUGGGCAGUAUCCAUUGGAAACCCGUCUUGCAGAAAUCAAGUAUGCUGUAUCAUCUGGUGCCACAGAAAUAGAUGUUGUUGUGGAUCGGUCUCUAGUGCUUUCUCAACGGUGGAAAGCUCUGUAUCGAGAGAUUAGAAUGAUGGCUGAAGCAUGUGGCAGAGCCCAUUUCAAGGUUAUACUGGCUGUAGGGGAGCUGGGAACAUUGACUAAUAUAUAUCGGGCAUCCCUUGUUGCAAUGAUGGCAGGAGCACAUUUUAUCAAAACAUCCACUGGAAAAGAAACUUUCAAUGCAACAAUUCCAGUCAGUAUUGUUAUGUGUCGAGCAAUUCGAGAUUACUAUUUGAAAACUGGAUAUAAGGUUGGUUUCAAACCUGCAGGCGGCAUACGCACAGCUAAAGAUGCACUGAAUUACCUUAUACUAAUGAAAGAAGAGCUAGGAACAAAAUGGAUGUCCCCAAGACUAUUCCGCAUAGGAGCAUCAGGGUUGUUGUCAGAUAUUGAAAAACAUUUGUAUCUCCAUACCACUGGUAAAUUUGCCAACACACAGGAUUUUUUGAUGGGCUGAGGGGGAAAAUAGGAUGACAAGAUGGAUGGAAGGACGACACACACACACACACACACACACACACACACACACACACACACACAGAUAUAUAAACAUUAUGACCUUAAUAAGUGGUCAUUUCUCUGUGUAGUUUCCCUAUUCCAUGUAUUUAAUGUUUUUAUAUACAAACAAUGAUUAAAUGUGCUUGCCUUUUGCUUGGCUGUUACUAUAUACUUGCAGAUACACCCAGUCAUUAAUUAAUUCAAGGGAAGUCAUCUGCAGUCGAUGUUCUCUAUCCCAGAUGGAAUAAUGUUUAUUCUCUCAGUGACACCAUGCCUGUCUUUCUGCAGUUGUCAUAUUCCCAGAAAUGUAUGUGACAUUUAUAACCUCUGUCACUUUUGCUUGUAGAAUAAAUACAAUUACCUACAUUAAUUUCUGCACUGUGAGUGUUUUCCUCAGUUUCAGUGAAGGGUUUCUUUGUUUUCAUGUGAACUUAUUUGGGAUGACUGUGACUGCCUAUGCAUACAAACAUUCAUACAAUAACUUUUAACAAUUUGUUGCCAGAGGUGGUUGCUACAUACAAGAAAACUAUUGAUAUAAGAAAGUUUUAUAUUUAUUCAUUGUUCUUGGAACAUGCAUUGUUGUAUUAUGGAUUGAAAUUUACUGUGUCAAAAGAAAAAUUUAUUUGAGAAAACUAGAAAAUUAUGAGAUAGGUUUGCUGGGUGGCAUUGACUUUCAGGAGGCAUACUUUCAUUAUUCCCUAUACACAAAUAAAAGUACACUAUCUUGGUUUAUGGCACAAGCAGUUCCUUUCUGGAGGAAGAGAAGCGGAUAGGUUGAGGGAAGAUUAAGGAAAAGGUCAGGUCACUCAAACCUCACGAUGACUGCAGUGCUUGGCUCUGGGUGACCCACUGUCUGUUUUUAAUCUUCUGUCAACCUAUACAACUCUCUUGUCCGAGGAAGGAACUACCACCACCAAAAGCCAAGAUGUGUACUUUAAUGUGUGUCUAUUGGUAGUACUGAAAAUUCAUCUCCUUAAGUUAAGUAUUGACAGCAAUUCCGUCUCAUAAUUAAAGAAUGAAAUUUAUGUAAGACAAAACUAAUGUAAGUGAAAUUUUGUUUGGAUACCUGUUAACUGUAUGUUGUGCUAUUAAAUUACAUAAUUUCUUUAGUAAGUCUAA